CUCAUUUAAAAACAAACACGUAUUGUGCACCAGUUUACAUCGGAGGCUGGGUGUAACAGUUCUCCAUAAGGGGUUUCAAUACAGGGGUUUCGAUGCAUCUGUGCUCACAGGAAAGAAGUAUUAUGUUGUUUCAGCUCUACUGUAGCAACAAAGGACAUGAAGAAAUCGGUGACGUCAGCCUAUGAAGGAUUUCCUCCUCUUCUCGUGAGACAAUCACUUUUCUAACUUUGACACGUUGCUUGGGGAUGUGUACAGUCUUUCCAAAUUUAAUCCACACAUUAAUGUAACAGUUGCACGCAUUUUGGAUUUUCUGUAUAUUUUUUUGAUAUAUACCUGGUGGCUGGUUCUAUUUUCUGUGGUACUGCACGGCAUUACCUUUUUUUUUUUAACGGUCGUCAUUAACUUGAAAACAAGGAACGGAGAUGAAAUACUGUGCAGUCUAUACUGCUGUCGCCCAGGUCGUUUUGCUCCUAACUUUACUAAAGGGACCCCCUUCUGGUAAAGCAGAAGAAGCCUCUUGUCACGGAGCAUUUGAUCUUUAUUUUGUGUUGGACAAAUCUGGCAGUGUAGCAGACAACUGGGGAGAAAUCUAUGGAUUUGUAGAGCAACUCACUCAAAGAUUUGUAAGUCCAAGGAUGAGGUUGUCCUUUAUAGUGUUUUCAUCAAAAGCUGAAACCAUGAUGCCUCUGACUGGAAACAGAGAUGAAAUUAACAAAGGGCUUGAUAAAUUGAGCAAAGUGAUCCCUGCAGGUGAAACGUAUAUGCACGAAGGGAUCAAACAGGCACGGAUACAGAUAGAAAAGGAAGGGGGUUUGAAGACAUCCAGUAUUAUUAUUGCCCUUACGGAUGGGAUGCUGGUGGAUUUGCUGCUGCCAUAUGCAAUAGAAGAAGCGAAAAAGGCAAGAACCUUUGGUGCAAGAGUGUACUGCGUAGGAGUUAAAGAUUUUGUUGAAGAGCAGCUUGCAGAGAUUGCAGACACCAAAGACCAAGUCUUCCCUGUCAACGAUGGAUUUCAUGCUCUUAAAGGCAUAAUUAAUUCAAUUUUGAAACAGUCCUGCACUGAGAUUUUAAGUGUUGAACCCUCAAGUGUGUGUGUCAAUGAGUCAUUUUCAGUUGUUUUAAGAGGAAAUGGCUUCAAACUUGGUCGAAACAGAGUCACUUGCACCUUUCUUGUCAAUGGAAAUACAAUUAAUGAGAAGCCAAGUGAAGUGCUGGAUAAUUAUCUGGUCUGUCCAGCGCCCACGCUACAUGAAGUUGGACAGACGAUCGAUGUGCUGGUUAGUUUAAACGAUGGGCAGUCCUUCAUAUCCAGUGCUGUUACAGUCACUGCCUCUUCUUGUUCUGAUGGUACAGCUGUCGCCAUUGUCUUUCUGGUGUUGUUCAUCUUGCUUGCACUUGCACUAAUGUGGUGGUUUUGGCCCUUGUGCUGUAAAUUGGUUAUUAAAGACCCUCCACGACCACCACCCCCAGCUCCAAAACCUAAACCAGAAGAGGACCCACUGCCAAACAAGAAAUGGCCAACUGUAGAUGCCUCUUACUAUGGAGGUAGAGGUGCUGGCGGGAUAAAACGCAUGGAGGUUCGCUGGGGAGAAAAAGGAUCCACUGAAGAAGGUGCCAGAUUAGAGAAAGCUAAAAAUGCUAUAGUGUGUGAGCCAGAGAACACUGAAGAGCCAAUGCUAAGGAAGCCUGCCAGACCUCCUCCUAUAUCCCAAACCUCUGAAUCAAAAUGGUACACCCCGAUCAAGGGUCGUCUGGAUGCUUUGUGGGCCUUGUUGCGGAGGCAGUAUGACAGAGUUUCUUUAAUGCGCCCACAGACGGGUGAUCAGGGUCGCUGUAUAGACUUCAGUCGUGUUCAGAGCCAGUAGAAGAAAACUAUUUGGGCACAUUCAUUGUGUGUGUAACUACCUACUGAAGACAGCAGUAAACCGGUUACCAGUUUACAAAGAACCUCACCACUUUGCUUUAAAACCACUAUGUCUUUUGGCCUUCCUUGAAUUUGUGCAGUUUGAGGCAUAGAUCACCCUUUUACCUCUUUUAAAUUCUUCUGCAUUCUUAAGCACCUUAUUAAGCUUUUAUAUCCUAAUAACCUACUGGUUUUAAUCAUGAAAGGGCCAUCAGUGCACCACCAGUACCACUCUGUGCCGUUUGGUUUUGCGAAGCACCUUUGUGCACACCGAAUACUUAUCAUAUUCUGUCCAUGUUGUGCCUUCUGUGGAAAACCUAAUUUAAUGGACACAGACGGCAGUGAUUUAAACAAAACAAAAAAAAAAUCAGAGAUAAAAAGAAGCUGGUUGCUGUUGGCGAGGAAAUAAAAAUAAUCCCGAUGGGCCUAACAAGUACCAAAGUCUGUUGCCUUUUGGCGACGUCUCAUCACAAAAUCUUUCCAACUACACCAUCAUUUAAUGCCUAGCGGGAGCGUUCUGGCUGAAAAUCUUGUCAUUUUAACACUGAAAAGUGCACACGCAUGACAAAAUGUAGACAGGAUGCCCCAAGGUAUUGGAAGCAGCAAGACUUUGCCCUUUUUGAAGACACCUUUCUUUCAUUAUGCACCCGGGACAGAAAAAUUAAUAGAGCGUUAUUGUACUGCAAGACAGCCUGUAACCAAAGAUCUUCGGCAGGGUUUGAGGGACUGAUACUUCAAGACCUUGACAUGGUGGCUGGUGUUUUAUUUUCAUUUUUAUCACCACUGUAAGUUCAGUAACAUAUAAAGCAUCAUCAUCUAUAAACAUACCUAUCAGUUUUAGGAUUUUUUAAAAGAAAAAUACAGCAGUCUCAAUGCUGGUAUGUAUCUCCACUGUUUCAAAUCUCCAAGGGUCCCUCCGCGUCACAACCCAGCAACUCUCUUUGCAUGAGAAUCUCAAAGUUUAAUUAAUAUAAUUAAAGGCAACAGCAAGCAGCAGCCUGUGAAGAUUUUGAUCAUCUUUUUUAUGCCUUUUGACAUUGAAUGACCUAUUACUGUAUGCGCAUUACUCAGAUUUUGAGGAGCACCACCAUGCCUUGGUAACGUUAAGACAGGUCCCAAAUAAAAAAAAAACAAAGCAAAAUAGAAACAAAAAAGGGCACACUAUUGUUCAUUUUCAGAGAGUAUAUCCAUAGAGCCACACAGGCCCUUGCAAAGACAACGGGCGAUGUAUUUGUAAAAUGUUUCAAGCGCCCUGUCACGUCGGCACUCCCAAGUGAUGUUAGUGUGAGCGGAAACACUGUGGGGGAGGAAGGAGUCAGCAGCUGAAGAAAAAGGCUCGAACGAUCUAGUCACUUUCGAUACGGUACUUCAGAUGCAAAAUGGAUAUUCGAGUCGAAACCUGACAAAGCGCGCCUGCUUUGAUGUGAACUGGUAUAGACAAUGACCAGUGGCUGGGUCAGUGGGAUGUCUCUCUGCAAGCAGGGAAGCUUAUCAAAUGACACUAAAAAUAAGUUCAACAACCAUCACGUUUGAGGGGAAUAGGCGAACAUUUCACAUUUGGUGGGCAUGCAAGUGCGCGAGAUGGGAAUAGCGUGGCGAAGCGUCCUGGUCUAAUUAUUCCUUUGUGCUCUUCAUGGAAAUAGCAAGGGACAUAAAUUAUUCUCUUGGUCGACUUCCAAAUGCGUGGGGCUGCCGGAAGAAGCUUUUACACAGAGCCACUUUCAGAAUAUUUUUCUUAACUUUUAUUUAUGUCAACAGUGCUAUUAAAGCUAUGGCACAUAUACACAGAAAUAAAAUGUAUUUUACCUUCCGGUUUUAUUUUCUUUUGUGCUAAUAAUGUGAAAGCAAAGGGCUGUAAAUAACCUACAUUAAUGAGCUAUUUAUUCACACCAGUCACAACACAGAUCUUCCUCUCAAUGACAUUUCACAUGAAAUAUGGGGCUAAUUGCCGGUGGUGCCACAUCAUGGAUAGCAGCUUUUUUCUUACAUUUCAUAGCUCAGAAAAUAAAGCGUUAAUAGUUUUAUCUGCAUAUGGUACAGAAAUGUAAAAGUUGAAUACGAUCUUGCAUAUUACUGUACCUGUCACUGCACUGGGAGAUAAAGAGUGUGACCUUUUAUCUACCCACAAUGCAGUAGGGUGUAAACACAAGCAGCCCAUAUCAAGGGGAGUCCCCAUUAUAGACACAUUAAGAGUAUUGCUUUUUUUUUCACUGAAAAGCGUUUUUCAGAUUUAUUUUAUUUUAUUUUUUCUUGCUUGUAGAUUUGCAAUGAAAAAAGGAACACAAUGUUUCACUGUUCUUCUGCUGAAAUACUACUGAAAACAGUGAAAGAAAUUGUGAGAAUAUAUAUAUAUAUAUAUAUAUAUAUAUAUAUAUAUAUAUAUAUAUAUAUGUGUGUUUACUGUAAAUUGUAGCUCCCACAGUGUACAUCUGAAAUUUUGAAUCUUGUAAGUUGAAACAGGGCUACAUUUUGGUUGACAUUUUGGGCCUGAUAAAAGGAUAGGAGGAACAAAUAGAUUUGAAUGACUAACUUUAUUAUAUAUAUAUAUAUAUAUAUAUAUAUAUAUAUACAUAGUAAAUUGUUGAACUAGUAUAACGUUUAUAUAUUUUGUUUGAUAGAACAUGUCUAAUAAAAAACCCAUACAUUUUAUGCAUUCAUAAAUGUAUAAAAACAUGAAUUUUUCCUAAACAAAAUGUUGCUGGUAAUACCGAGGGAAUUUGUUGCCUUUAUUUUUUGCUCAGGAGGAAUCUGGAGGUAGAAGGGCAGUUAAUUUAACAAAGAUCAUUUAAAUCAAUUUCUAUUUAGUUUAAUGUACGCUGUUGUUAAAUGUAUGAGUACAUGAUAUACAUUUUUUCUUACUACUGAUACAAUGUAUGUCUGGGUCACUGUUUGUAAACCUAAGCAGUAAGAAUAGACUCACUUCCAUCUCCAACUGUCCCCAUGUUGGAAAAGGCAUGCUAAAGGCGAUCUUUAAUUGGGCACAAAAAGAUUUAUAAGGCUAGACAGGGGGGUGUAAUUACAUGUUACACAACGAGAGAUGCAUAUAUUGUACCAUCUACACUGCAGAAGCAUCUUUGUGGUGCAUUGCACCACAGGCAAAGUGCACAAAAAAAUUCCUCCGAGGUUUGGAGAGCUUUGAAAUUGGGUCUUCCAUUUAGUGAAAUUUGCCCAAUAUACCUUCAAUAUUUUAAUUAUUUGCACACUCUGAUGAGCUUUUGUCUUUUUCAUCAAUGUCAAAUUAUAUUAAAACAAAAAAAAAGACAACUACCCAUCCUCUUCCUCUGCCUGAAACACAGCUAUAAGAAACAGGUCCCCCCUCUAAGAAAGAAAAAGCAAAAGUUGCAGGAGCACAAAGAGGCACCAGUAGCUUUACAGAAAGACGUGGCAGGUUAAUUAAUUGGAUUCCUGUGUGUGUUGGUAAAAUAGUUCUAAUGAAAAGAAGGAUUAAGUGGAGCUGUUGAUACUGUAUGGGUGACAUACAUGGCAGAGAAACAGUGUACUAGGCUUUGUGCGAAAUAAAAUAGACGCAGAGAUAAGUUUGAAUACAUUUUUUAUUGUUAUUUUUUUUGCAGCUGUAUUUUUAUUGUUGGUAUCAGCUUUAUCAUGUCAAAUGUAGUUUUUUUUUCAUUUAAAAAGCUUAUUUACAAAUAAAGUACACCUUGUCAGAAUCCUCUGUAUACUUUAUUUGGCACAAUCUUUCCAUCUAUCUGUCUAGUCAUCUGUGUGUCUUUAUUUACAAUACAGAAAUGCAAAUUGCAUGUAGAAUAGCAUGUUUGUCUUUCUCAAUUAAUAGUUUCAUUUUUCAAAUGGGUUAUCUGGUCCAAGACUUUUUUUUUAAAUGUAUCUUAAAUAUGUUAAAAUUGAAAAUUGUAACAUAAUGCACAAAAAAACUAAAAUGUAUUGUCUUUAGACUACCUUGACUUCCCUACAGUUAACAUUUGUUAUUGUUAAUUAUUAAUGGAUAACCCACUAAUUUAUUUUACAUAUUUAAAUGUUUCUGUCAAUCAAAAAGUAUGAAACAAGUUAUUAUUAUUAUUAUUAUUAUUAUUAUUAUUAUUAUUAUUAUUAUUAUUAUUAUUAUUAAUAAUAAUAAUAAUAAUAAUAAUAAUAAUAAUAAUAAUAAUAGCAAUAAUGAUAAGAUCUAAUGUACACCCAACUGUAUAUACUAAGGCUGUAAUUUCAUUGAGGAUUUCUGGUGACGUAUCUGUUUAUCACUCACCAGAAUCAAUGGAUGGCAUUUCAGCCGUACGGUAGUACAGUAUGUAGUUUUUUUUGUUUGUUUGUUUUUUGUUGUUUUUUGUUUUUUGUUUUUUUAAGCAUGUUAACAUAAUUAAAGUAGACAUGGAAACUUAUUACAAGCAAUUGUGAUUUUAACAAUUAAAGAAUAGGGGCAUAUUCACAGAGCAUGUAACAUAGUGCUAAGUGUUAUUUUGUAAAAUGAAAAGCAAAACUGCUACAGAACAAACAAGAAACUAGUAGUAAACAUGUAGGGGCUCUAAAACGAACCUCCUGAGCUUUAUAACACCAAUGUUUUGUUUUAUUUUUGAUGUUAACUUAGCAUUGGGAUACAUGUUUUGUGAACAUUAGUCUAAGUAUUAAGAGCACUAUUUAAAUAACUGUUAGGAUUUCAUUAAUAUGUACUUAUUGUAUACAUAGUUUGAUCUGCUGUCUAAACAUAGACAUUUUGGCACCAACUGAGUGUCACAUGGGUCAAAUAAAAAUUCUUGCAUUG